CUGCCACCACCAUGUCCCACAGACAGGACAAGGCGACGACUGAACGCAACUCCAAGACCCUGCGCGAGCUGCUGAAGAGGCCCGAAAACAAGACAUGCGCGGACUGUAAACGAAACGACCCACGAUGGGCUUCCUGGAACCUCGGCGUGUUUCUGUGCAUCCGAUGCUCCGGCAUCCAUCGCUCCAUGGGCACGCAUAUCAGCAAAGUCAAGUCCGUAGAUCUCGAUGUCUGGACCCCGGAGCAGAUGGCCUCAAUACAGAAGUGGGGGAACCGGAGAGCGAACCUGUACUGGGAGGCGCACCUGCGCGCAGGCCACGUCCCACCCGACCACAAGAUGGACUCGUAUAUCCGUUCAAAGUACGAGAGUAGGCGGUGGGCGCGCGAGGGCCCCGCCCCAGAAGACCCCGCCGUGCUCGAGAACGACGCCCCCGUCCCAGCAGCCGCGUCCUCGCAGCCCGCCCCCGCCCCCGCGCAGACCACGGCUCCCACCCACGUCUCCCGUGCAUCCGUCAGCGCCCGCCCACAGCAGGGCCAGCCGCACCAGCUGCUCUCCGCAGGGGUCGCCGCGAGCCGCCAGACGCCGCAGCUGCAACAGCAGCAGCCGGCGUCCGUGCAGGCCCCCCAGCAGGUGCAGCCGCAGCCGCAGAGCGCGGCCCUUGACCUGUUCUCGCUCGACUUCCACGCGCCCGCGAGCCCGCCGCCCCAGCAGCAGGCGCAGCCGAAGAAGGACGUCACGUCCGAGAUCAUGUCGCUCUUCGCCACCGCGGCGCCAGCUGCGCCCGCCGCCGCCCCUCCUGCGUACAGCGCUGGGAUGUUCGGCGCGCAGCCUGUGCAGGCGCAGGGGCAGUUUGGGCAGUUCGGGGGCAUGCAGCCGCAGGCCGGCUGGGGGCAGCCUCAGCCUCAGCAGCAGGCGGUCCCGCAGCAGACGAGCAUGGUGGGGAACGCGGGGGUGGGGAUGUGGGGCGCGAGCUCGGGGUGGAACAGUGCGCCUGCAGCGCCGCCGGCGGGCCCGGAUAUUUGGGGGAGCGGGGGCUUGGGCGGGGGCGUGCCGGCUCAGCAGCAGAGCUUGUUCUCGACGAGCGAUGUGUGGAGCACGCCGGCGGCACAGCCCGCGCCGGCUACUACGCAGAAGAAGGACGAUGUGUUUGGGGACCUUUGGGGUGGGUUCAAGUAGAGUGCGGAGUCGGUGAGCAGUCUGGUUGUAUCUUGGAAGGAGCGCUGUGGAGGGUUAGGAAUGUACGUGUGUAGGUCAAGUAUCCGACUUUGUAUGUGCCCUGUGGAUGUACACCUUCGCAACCUUCCACUCUU